AUGGAUCAGGACCCCACCGUGGAAGGACUACUACAGAGGGUCCAACAGUUGGAGGUAAGAUACGAGAUUCAUGAUCGGGGGGAAGGUCGAGAAAAGAGGACCCCACUCUCCAGGGAAAUCGAAUUAGAGCCUCUCCCCUGCAGAUUCACGACCCCUAAUAUCCCUCAAUACAACGAAGAUGGUGAUCCAUAUGACCAUUUAGAUGCUUUCAACGUCUUGAUGGAGCUCCAGACUUCAAGUUCACUGGUGAAAUGUCGUGUCUUCCCUGCGACCUUGGGAAAUAUACCUCGGACCUGGCUAAGGAGUCUCCGUCCUCGCAACAUCUGUAGCUGGGAGGAGUGUCAAAGAAAGUUUAUAGGUCAAUACAGGUCGCUUAGGUGGCAGCUCGCCUCAACCUGUCACCUUGCUACCAUGUUCCAGCAGCCCAAUGAAUCCUUAAAGGAUUACAUUGAGAGGUUCAAGCAUGAAGUCAAUACUGUUGAUGACCCAUCGGAUGAAAGUACUUUGACUGCGAUAUCUGCGAGGCUCCGGAAGGAUAGGAAGCUUUAUGAGAGCAUCUACAAAUCCCCCAUAAGGGACCUAGAUGAGUUCUACGAACGAGCUGCGAAUGAGGAUAUGAUUUUUUCUACUAAGAAGGGCGAUGAGGAUUUUGGGAGGCCUAAUCCCAUAAGGACCCCCAACAAAUUCAGAAAUAAGGACAAGUCCUGUGCUUACCACGACGAAGUGGGUCACAACACCUCCGAGUGUCAAGCAUUGAAGGAUGCAAUCGAGGACUUGAUCAGAAGAGGUCGCUUUCAUGAUUAUGUGGUGUGA